CGCUUUGGCCCGUCACCCCUGGUCUCCAGCCACCCAGCUCCACUCGCUUUCCUGAGAGCGCAGCUGCAAAUUCCCUGAUCGAAAUGGCGCGCGCUCUAUCCCAGCUGUUGGUGCUGAUGUCCUCCUGCGCGGCCGGCCUGGCGACUUCACCCGGCGAGCUGGCCGUGGCCGCCUCGGAGGCGUCACCGCAGCACACGCUGCACUUGCACCUCUCUGUUGACGAGCUGCGCCAAACCUUCUCUGUCGAUCGACACGAGGACGUGCCCGAGUACGACCUGUUCCACGUGCGCUCCGUCAGCAAGCGCAGUUUGGACGGUCGACACCGGCGCAGCGUGCACGUUAAGGCCUUCGGCAACGAGAUCGACCUCGACCUGGAGAUGAACCGCGAGAUCGACAACAACAUCCGCCUCUUCUACGCCGACUCGGUGGGCGACGACAUCAGCAUCGAGCGCGUCGAUGGCGACACGGACAUGUACGUGGGCGAGCCGUACCAGGACGUGAGCCGCGAGGCGGCGCUGCUGGUCGACCACGCCGACGACGACACGCUCCAGCUCAACGGCGUCGUCGCCGACCUGGUCCUCGCGCCGGCGCCGCGGCGUCUGCACCACCAGUACGCGGCGCCCAAUGACGACGACGUGAUGCUGAUCGAGGAGGAGCGGAGCGACCUGGACGUUCCGCACGAGCAGAACAACGGGACGGGUCGGCUGCGCCAGCGCCGCUCGACGCCGCCGGUAACCCGCGGUCUGCACGUCAUCUUCCGGCGCGCCGUCACGGCGCCGGGCGCUGCCGGCUCGGCGCCGCUUCCUCAUGACGACGCGCUGCUGCUGGAGCCUGAGCCGAGCGCCGCCGACGCUGCCACCGGCGCCAAGGCCGGCAGUCGCCACAAGCGCGCGGUGAACGACCUCUACCCCGAGGUGCUGCUCAUCGUCGACUACGAGACGUACAUGACGCACAGCUUCAACGCCAAGACGCUCAAGCGCUACCUGAUGAGCUUCAUGAACGCAGUGGACCUGCGCUACCGCACCGUCACGCAGCCUUCCAUCACCAUCAAGGUGGCCGGCAUCGUCAUCAGCAAGAGCAAGGAGUCGACGCCUUACCUGGAGAGCAACAUGGUCAGCAGCAAGGCCCUGAACGCGGUGCGCGCGCUCGAGUCGAUUGGUAGGUAUCUGUUUACCGAGCGCCGGCUGCCCAGCUACGACGCCGUCAUGGUCAUCACCAAGCGUGACAUGUGCACGCGCACCACCAGCUGGGGCUCCUGCAACAAGGUGACGGCCGGCUAUGCUUACGUCGGCGGCGGCUGCAGCAUCAGCAAGUACCACAACAAGAUCAACUCGGUGGCGCUGAUCGAGGACACGGGCGGCUUCUCGGGGAUCAUCGUGGCCACACACGAGCUGGGUCACCUGCUGGGGUCUGUGCACGACGGCUCGCCACCGGCUGCGUACCUGGGCGGUCCGGGUGCCCGCUCCUGCGCCUGGAAGGACGGCUACAUUAUGUCCGACCUGCGCCGCGACCACAAGGGCCUCAGGUGGUCCGUCUGCAGCCUGGACCAGUUCGCGCACUUCGCCAGCGACCGGCGCUCGCGCUGCAUGCAGAACUACCCCGUGGAGCGCGGCAACCUGCCGGCAGUCAAGUCGCUGCCGGGGAAGCUGAUGAGCCUGGACGCGCAGUGUAAGCGGGACCGGGACUCCACUGUCUGCUUCAGGGACCAACGCGUGUGCGUCGAGCUUUACUGCUUCGAGGAAUCCACCGGCUACUGCGUGUCGUUCCGGCCGGCGGCCGAGGGCUCGCCCUGCGGCAGGGGCAUGCACUGCAUCGAUGGUAGGUGCGUGGCUAGCAGCUUCUACUACUGA